AAAAACACGUUUCAGUUUCAAAGUUUCGCUCACUCCGUCGGGAAGCAGCAGCUCAGUUGCUGUAAGAUCACGGCCCAUCCCCUUACCGAAGGCUCAUACACAGGCCCUGCCUGUCUGCGAUUCCGGUGAGGUUUCUCUUUCCCCAAGCUUCGGACCCACCGUGGUGGUGCGAUCGUGUGUGUCUACCAGCCGUGCAGCAUAGCGACCGUAGCGGCGUGCAUUGUGCAACGACGACAUGGACAAUCGAGCAUCGAACGCAUAACGAGCAGAAGCCGAACAGCGAAAAAGAAAUAAUAGCAAAUCCGUGGUGUAGUUUUUGAGGUUUUCGGCGUGUGAAGAUUCCGAUUUAUGUGUAUUUGAAACCUCUCAAAAAAACAAAAAUCCUCACCGAAAACGUCACGGCGGCGGAAGUGAAUAUUUGGAGCGUACUGGUUCGUCGCCUGCACGAUCGUUCAAGUCCUAUGUGCCGGGCAUUCGUAAUAGUGUCGCGACAGUGGCGGGUGGACCGAAAGCCGUUGUCUGCCUAGUUCCGGCUGGUGGGACCGAGCAGUGAGCGCACAAACGCGGGUGUACCGGUGUGUCGCAAUCGAGCAGCACAUUCGUUCGGGCUCGUUGCAAAGCGCUAAAUCAAACGGCACAGCGCAAACGUGUGUACGAGUGAGCGAGCGGGAACCUGAAGUAAAAAAAGCAACCCUCUGUCCCCUUUUCUUGCACUCGAUCGUCGUGGAGAAAUCGAUAUUGUGCAAUCCUUCCUCUCGGGUGUCGCGCACCAACCAAGGGUCGAUAGGAACGUAAGCGAGAGAGUGAGUGAGAAACGUGUCUGCAAGAAGAAAUCGAAUGCAAAAUUGUCAACCGGAGUAAACAGAGUGAUUCGAGCAGCGCCAGUGAUCGUUCGAGUGGAUCGUUUGCCGAUAGAAGAGAGAAACGUCCGAGUUAGAGAAGCGUUAGAGUGGGCGCGAGCUCCCUUUAGCGUACUGCGCGAUCGCAACCCCGUGCUUGGUGCAAAAGAGACGGAGACGGUGUGGUGCAAUUCGAAAGGAAAAUGCAGUGAUACACUUUCCGUUUGAAAAGAAAAGUUUCACACUCGGUUGGAGCACAGCAACAAAAAAAGGGAGGCUGUGCAGUGGUAGACGGGGUGAAGAGAAACAAGAGGGGGUGUGGGGAGUAGUAAUUGGCUCUACACCGCAAAACGAUACGCGUGCGGUGUGUGGGUGCAUCGCCGAUCGAGCCUGGUGUGUUGCGGCAAGAAGUGUUUGCAAAUCGAUAGGAAAAUGUUUCAAUGUUCCAGCGAUCGAUCGAUCUAAUUGAUCGAAGUUUCGUCUCUCGCCCUUCACCGCGCUGAAUUCGAAUCGAGAAAAAGACCGGCAUAAAGCGAAAGUGUGUGUGCGUGUGUUGGUAUUGAGGUUGAAAUUUUCCCGUUCAUUCCCGCCGUAGAGAGGGAAAGCAGCAGGAGUAAGCUGCAAGGUCGAGACGGAUUGUAGCAGAAGCAAUCAGCAGCAGUGGUCCUGCAAAAGCAAGAACAUGGGUGGCCGAAGGGCAGCAAUGCCAGCGCCGUCGUCCGCCAUGCUUUGGCUGGCGGUUUUGUGUAAUCUUGGCUUGGUGUUGCCAAGAUCGGCAGCUCAGCAGAACAACAACUUCUACUUCGCACAAUCGCAGGGCCGGUUUGUGCCAUCGUUCGAGAAUCCGCGGAACGGUUUCUUCCCGUCGGCAUUACAGCGGCAACAGCCGCCACCUGACUCGUACCAGGAACAGACCCUUUUCGUCAAUAGCAACAACGUGGACCGAGGCAACGGUGCAAGCGAUGGCGCUGGUACCCGCGGUAUCACACCGUCUUACUAUCAGUUUACCUAUACGACCCCACGGAGUGCGGAUAUUUUCGAAAUAUCACCACGACCCUUUUCCGCCACACCGUCCACGAACGCCGGCUUCCAGUACUCGCGCAGUCCACCGAGGAGUGACUUCUUCUCCAAUGGACUCACGGCCAGUCGGAGCUUCCCGGCGACGAACCGCCAGCAAGCGGGCAGUUCGCAGCGCAAAAGUCCGUUCAGCAGCUCGUCCGGUGGUUUCCCGGAGCUGGCCACCACCGAAACGCCCCAGCGUCCACCACCGCCGGCACCAGCUUCCUCGGCCGAACCGGCAUCCGUGCGCGAUCGGCAGCUAUCGUACAUCUCGAGCCGUGCGCGACCAUUCGCGAGCGAAGAUCAGCAGCAGCCACCGACGCGCGCCUCGACCUAUCUGAAUCUGGCCUCCCAGCAACAGCGGCAACCGUUACCGCGCAGCCCAGCGUCCACGUCGAGCGGUACGCGCAACAGCUUCUCUAGUUCUAGAUCGAAACCGACCGAUAGUGGGGCAGCGUCGAGUGGCCGUGGCUCGCCACAGACGACUGGCACGUCGUCCACCCAGAACGGUACCUCGAACGGGCGCUUUGGAAGCGGCAGCUCGCAGACCAGUCGCACCACUGCCCGGCCCAAUCGCUAUCGAUCGAUCCCGACCACGACGACGACGACGACCGAGGCGGCAACGGAGCGUACCACCACCGUGGACAGUGCUGCCGUGCGGAAUCGAUUCAGUGGCAGGACACCCGCCCCGAAUCCCUUCCGGCAAGCGUUCGAAGCGAAGCGUGUGCCCACCGCGAACAGCGCUAUCGCCACGCGUGGAUCCUUCCCGAGUGCGGCGAAAUCGAAAACGACCACUACCACCACCACGACAACCACCACGACCACGGUCAAGGCACCGGUACUGUCACGCUUCAUCCACCAGCCGGCAAAGCCUAUCAUACCGAGCAUCAACAUCACGCACAACGGAUCGGCCAAGUCGGCCGAAGUCAUCUACGACUACGAGGACUACGAGGAGUCGAAAGAGUCGACCGGAUUCGGCGGCGGAGACUCGAAGCAGCAGGAAAUCAACGACUUCCAGCCCACGCCGCUGGCGAAAAACAACUCGAUCGUGCUGACGAGUGCAGUGCAGGAACCGAAACUGUCGCCCGGUACGGCCUCCAUCCAGGGCGCGGCCGUUCCCGCUGGGGAUGGUACGGCAAAAACCGUACUGGAAGAUCCGGACGGCCGGUUGAACAAUAUCAGCGAGAACGAGUACUACGAUACGGUGCGCGAGUCCGAGACGGCGCCCGGCGAUUCGGUCGGUGUGGAAGAUCAUACGGUAAUUCUGACCGACAACUUCUACCUCCCGAACGGUGGCUCGGAGGAAACGUUCGAGGAGGAGGACGAGGAACCGGAGGGCGUACAGCGGGAGAUUAACGGAACGGCCGAGCUGGGUGCCGAGCAGCAGCAGGAAAAGCUGUACGACGAUGAGUACGCGUAUGAGGAUGAGGAACCGAUCGCGACCACGGUAAGUCCAACGGCCAAGACGGUGGCAGUUCCACCAGCGGCUACCCCGGAACAGCUGGACGAUGCGGCCGAUAUGUUACAGUUUUCGGAUGAAGAUUUAAAGGAUGAGCAGCUGGCCGGUAAGCUACCGCCAGCGGCGGGUGGAACCAGAGAAACUCUGCCGGAGGCUACUCCUUCGACUGCUGCUCCAACAGCGCGCACGGAAUCGACCACCGAAUCGACCCUUUCAACGACCGAACGCGUAGCGAUCUCCAGUCAGGCGGAAGGUGUCACAAAUGCUACCACGGAAAGCUGGGUGGUGGUUGCAUCAGUGCAGACGAGUCGCAGUGUGUCCGGGGCACGGUUCCUGCCCUUCCCGCAGGUCGAGCAGGAGGAGAAAAAGCAACCGCUGGCCGAGCUAGAAUCGAAGGGUAGCAACGAGAGCGACGACGGCGAUGUAACUACGGCCAGCGGACUUGGCGAAGACUCGGAGGGAACAACAACGAUCGCGCCCCAGGAACCGGUGAUUGCUGUGACCGAUGAGUUGGAUUCGGUGACGACCGAGAAAACGCUGAUCGCUCAGUCCACGGAGAGCAUUAUCGACAAGCUUGACCGGGUGCAGUCGGAACUGUCCAGUGGGUUGUUUGCCGGCAAGUUCCCCGUACUGAAGGAUCCUGCCGCGGAAGACCAGAAGGCGUCCUCCGGCUCCACUGCACUGCCACCGGUGGUAAUUCGAAAGUUCCAACCCAACGCGCGUGCAACGACAACGAAGAAACCGCGAGUCGGAGUGACGACCACGGUUAAACCGACGACGACAACCGACAGUUUGGUGAAAAAGAUCAAGUUUGAAACGAUCGAUGACAUAGCGGCUCUGCUACCACCGGACUAUAAGGCAAAGUCGGGCUUUAAGCUGAAGAAACCGAACCCGACCGGUGAAACCGUGCCCACGUCGAACGAGCCACCGGCGGACGAUGCGGCGAAGUCGGAGCUGGGAAAUCGAUUCCGCAGUGCCAACAUUAGCCGCUCGUACAAGAGCAACGUGCCGAUCCAGGAGCUGAGCUCACUGUUACCGAAAGACUACAAGCUGAACCGCACCGAGGAGGACAUUAAGAACACGAACAAUCUGAAGGAGCUGAUCAGCAAGGUGAAGGUGAACGAUAAGCCAAACCCGACGCUCGAUCUGUUGAAGAAGGCACAGAAAGUGGACGUGAGUGCGUUCUUGCCGCCGGGCUAUAAACCAUCGGGAGGCGAAAGCAAGACGGAGCCAUCGAGCACCGUAAAGACCGUCGCCGUGUCGAUCGAGGACGAUGUGAGCAAGUUCCUGCCGCCGGGCUACAAAACGUUCAAGACAACGAAGAAACCUACCACACCGGCGCCGGUAACGAUUCGGGAUGAUGUAAGCAAGUUCUUGCCACCGGGCUACAAAGAACCCACCGUGGGCAGUACGCCCGAGCGGCCCAAGGUAGUGUUUAGUGAGGACGUGAGUAAGCUGCUUCCGCCCGGCUACAAACCACCGGCCGAAGAGGACGCAAAGUCCGAACCGGUAGCGAUCGAUCCGAGCAGUCUGCUGAAGAAAAUUCAGUUUAAGGAUGUGUCGGCACUGUUGCCACCCGGAUUCAACGCUAGCAAAGCGGAAGAACCGACCAGUACCGUUGCAUCAGGUUCGGCCGGUAGCGGCUUCAAGGUCGUGUUUCCCAGCCGGCCCGGAGCGAAGAAACCACUGCCCGGUGGAGCGGCCCGCGUAACGACGGCCAGGCCACUGCACGCCGAAGGACCGGGCAUGCCCGAGAUUCACAUCCGCAAGGGACCGCCGACGCGAGCCACGACCGAGUUCACCGGUUGGCCAACGCCCUCCACAACGCCGCUUUCGAUCGAGAAGCUGCUGGAGCAGCAGAAGCAGCAGGAGCUGCUCGAAAAGCUGCUCGCCUCAUCGAGCAGCACCAGCACGAGCACGACGACCACAACGACUACCACAACGACCACCACGACACCAAGACCAACGGAACCGGGUCUGUGCCACUCGGAGUGUGAUCUGGCGGGCACGAUACGCAUCGUGGACGGUGUGAAGUGGGUGCCGGAGCUGCUCGAUCACAACACGGCAGAGUGGAAGAAGCUGGCCCGUGAGGUCGAGACGGAGCUGAACGAGGUGUACAGCAAGGCGAAGAAUUUGAGCAAGUGGUACAAGAAGGUGCGCAUCGACAGCUUCAACAAGGGCAGCGUGCUGGUCGACUACUUCGUUGAGCUGACGGAUCUGACGCGCGAUGUCAACACGCUCGAGAUACGCAAGAUGUUCCACGAGGCGCUUGUACCGGUGCCGGAAACGACGACACCGACCACCACCACGACCAGCACCGAUGACUACGACGGUGAGCGGGAGAACGAGGAAACCAAAGCGGAGAAGGAACCGGUUCAGCGGGAGAACCUGCAAGCGCCGGCGCAGCGCGUGAAGGAAGUGUUCCAGCUGGGCAAGUUCAGAGUCGAUCCGGUGUAUACCGAUUUCACAGUUAUUCCGAAGCCGAUACUUGCUGCUGGUCCAGCGAUCGAGGACGAUCUGUUCCUGCCGCAGUGGGCUAUUGCUGUGAUUGUGAUCGGUUUGGCGUCGCUGCUGUUCGUCAUCCUGUUCGGCGUCACUGUGCUAAUCAACCGCCAAAAGGCAGCCAAAAAGAAGGCACCGACGCCACUCACCGCCGAUAUGCUGAACGAACUGAACAAAAACCACAUGGGAGGCAUCGAAAACUUUGGCUCAGAGGAUCUGUACAAUCUGGACGAUGCAUGGGAUGAUCGUAUGCAGGAUGUGAAGCCAAAGCGUUUCUCGAACUCGAUGCAUGGUAGCAGCGCUUCCAACAUCUACGACAGCUGGCGAUCGCAGCGCCACCCGGAGAACUACUUCUAUGACGAUUACGGUCUGAAGGGCUCGCACUACCCACCGAGCGGCCAUCACCAUCGGUUACACGAUCCGGCCUUCAUGAUGCAUGAACCGCCGCCACCGGUGAUGGCCAUGUAUCCGCCGUACCAUCACGCACCGCCACCACCAAACAGUCAUCACUUUAGCAACAGCUCGCGACGGUACUACCGGGACUAUGAUCCGAACUUCUGAGCUUGGCUACCGUUGCCAUAGGGGAAAUGUGAAUGAGCACGUGCGUUCCAUUGCACUAUUGCUGGAGCGUCUUUAUGACCACGCGGUACAACAGUUCAUUUGUUGUAGGGUUAUUUGCUAGCAAUCGGUUCCGUCCGCUUGAAGUGGACCAUUCCAAGUCUUACUGUUAACUGUAGGAAGUCGUAUCGUGUAGUGUAGCGUAGCUGCUAAUGUAUAUAAAUUAUUUAUUUUUAAUAAAAAAAUACUAUAGAAUAAAUCUUAAA